AUGGACUCUCAGCUGUUGCUUCAGCGAGAAGCCUCAGCGAAGGGUUACACGUUGACGCCGCUCUGCCAAGUUAGUGCCCUGCCCACAUCACAGAAGGUGGCUUGCUGCGGCGGUCUUCUUGAGAAAAUCGUGGCGGAGUCUGCGCAGGAUUGUACGGUGCUGCUGCGGGAUGCGACGGGCACGGUGCACUGCGCCAUCCACGGCGCCGUAUCGAGCCGGUACCCCGACGUCUUGGCCGCAGGGGCGUUGCUCCUCCUCAGUGAUGUCACUGUGCUUGUAACCUCGACACUGCUACGGCCGGUGUUAAUUGUCUGCUUGGAGCACCUCGCCGCCCUCAUGCUGCCGGAGGGACCACCAGAGAGCGGUCAAAGAACUGCAGUGGGACUUGCGUCGUCGGCAUCUUUGUUUAUGGAUCUUCCGCCCCACCAAGAGGAAGUCGUGUCCAACUGGUGCCAGGACACGGUUCGUGGGGUGGCCCACGAGAGGGCGCGCGAGCAGUGUAUUGGGUCGGUCGCACCAGAAGCUGCAAACCCCGCCCCUACAGAGUUCAUCAUUCCCUCCGGUGUGGACAGUGACGAAGAUUGCCUGCAGUUGGCGGACGACCUUUAG